AUGUCCUUCCUUCACUCGUGCGCCACGCACCCCAACACGCGGGCGACCGUGGCCAACUACCCGUCCGUGUCGGACCUCGACCAGGUGGUCGUCGUGGUCGGGGGCUCGCUCGGCGGCCUGGCGGUGACGCACCGGCUGCUCAAGCACGCGCGGCGGCGGCACCCCAAGAUCAAGGUGGUGCUGGUGACGCGCAACUCGCACUUCUACUGGAACAUCGCGUCGGUGCGGGCCAUCAUCCCGGGGGCGCUGCGGCGCGGGACCGACGACGUGCUCCGCGCCAUCGAGCCCGAGCUCGUCCACCGCUACCCGUCCGACAACGUGCAGUACGUCGCCGGGCGCGCCAUCCGCCUCGACCCGGCCGCCAAGACGGUCAGCGUCGACACGCCCACCUACGGCAUCCGCCUCGUCCACUACACGCACCUCGUGCUCGCCACCGGCGCCGACGCCGCCGUCGCGGGCAUGCCCUGGAAGGCCUCCUCCACGUACGAGGCCCUGCUCGGCGACAUCCGCGAAACGGCCGACCUCGUCCAGCGCGCGGGCCACGUCACCGUCGCCGGCGGCGGGCCCACGGGCGUCGAGCUCGCCGCCGAGAUCAAGGCCGCCUACCCGGCCAAGACGGUCCUGCUGCUGCACCUCGGCGCGCAGCUGCUCGGCGGGGACUCGACCGCGCCGCUCGUCGAGCGCGAGCUGCGCGCCAUGGGCGUCGAGCUGCACAAGGGCGCAAAGGCCACCAGCGUCGACCGCGAGUCCCGCCCCGACGGCACCAUCGUCGUCACCCUCUCCGACGGCGGCAGCUUCGAGACCGACGCCUACCUGUCCACCUCGGGCCAGGUCCCCAACACCCGCUGGAUGCCCAAGAACCUGCUCACCGACAAGGGCUACGUCGACGUCGACGACUGCAUGCGCGUCAAGGGCGUCGACAAUAUCUGGGCCGUCGGCGACGUCGUCUCCAAGCCCAAGGCCGGCCUGCUCAACACCGAGGCUCACGCCGCCUGCGUAGCCAAAAACAUUGAGCUCUCCUUCUCGAACAAGGACCAGGAGCCCGUCAAGCUGCCCACCACCGACGUCUUCCUCUGCACCCUCGGACCGGACCGCGGGGUUGGCCGCUACGGCAGCAUUCCCUUGCCGUCAUUUGUCGUUUGGGCCCUAAAGAGCCGGUCCUUGGCCACAGAACGCACCAGCAAGUAUGUCAAGGGAAGCAUGUGGUGA